AUGAUAUUCGGUCGCUGGACGCGUAAGCAAAUGCUCACAAUGUUCGGCCUGGGAGCCGCCCUUCUGGGCCUUGUUAUUGUGAUCGGUAUCCUCAACAGCAGCGUGUCCUCGAAGGAGCUCGACUGGAAGAAUGCGGCCAGGUCCAAGUGCUUCAAGACCAGUCCCAAUACCACACACUCCACGCUGGAGUUGGUGCACAUAGUGUUCAGACACGGUAUUCGCACCCCCGUGGACACUUAUCCCAACGAUCCCUACCUGAAAGACAGCUUCAAGCCAACGGGCUGGGGACAUGUGACCAAUUCUGGAAAACGAGAGCUCUUCGAGAUGGGCCGCUGGCUGCAUCGACGCUACGGAGACUUCAUGGGUCCCUAUUACAGACCGGAACGCCUGCAUGCCCAAGCCACCGCCUCGCCGAGGGCAAUGAUGUCCUUGCAAACAACACUGGCCAGCAUGUUUGAGCCACGCGGAACCCCCAUGGAGUGGAAUAAGCACCUCAACUGGCAGCCCAUCCCAAUCGUAUCGGAGCCCUUGGACGAGGACUCGCUCCUGCUGGUUCGCACACCCUGUCCUCGUUAUUUCGAGGCCCUCGAGGAGGUUUUCAAGAGACCCGAAGUCAUCGCCGAAACCAAACCUUAUGAGAAAAUGUUUCGCGAGCUGACAAAUCUCACGGGAAAAUCGAUCCAGAGUGCCGAGGAUAUAAACUCCCUGUACAUAACACUCCUGGCUGAACAGGAAUUCGGCUACAAGCUGCCCGAUUGGACCAAGGACUACUUCCCCGAUCGCAUGCAGUUUCUGGCCGAGCAGAGUUACGUCUAUAAUGCGUACACUCCCGAGAUGCAGAAGAUCAAGGGUGGCCCUUUCCUCAAGAGAAUGUACAAGGAGAUGGUGGCCAAGAGUACGGGCAGUCUGAAGCCCAAGGACCGCGGAAUGUUCAUAUAUGCUGGCCACGACUGGACCGUGGGCAACAUCCUAAUGGCCUUGGGUGUGUGGAAGCGCCAGAUGCCCCGGUUCGCAGUGAUGGCCAUAUUCGAGACGCAUAGGGAUAAGGAAACCGGUGAAUACUAUGUGGAGAUCUUCCUCCGCAACGACGAACACGGCUGUCUGGAGCAGCUUCAGCUGAAAGACUGCGAUCUUCGGUGCCCCCUGAGUCGCCUCAUCGAACUGAGUGAGGACGUCUUGCCCAACGAGCCGGCGGAGCGGAGAUGUCGACCUCAUGACGACAGUUUCGUGGAGCCACCACCGCGUAUAAUCGAUCAGAAUGGCCGUUAGCGAAAAGAAAUUGCCAAAGCGGAAUUUCUGCACUCAGUAUUACAAUAAUGGUCGAAUGAGAGAAGUGCAAAAAAUAAUAUAAGCAUAUACAGUACAAUAAA